AUGGGCGUCAGCGUCGGGGCGGGCGGCGUCGUCGGACUGCCGGGCGUCGCCGGCGGCAACAACCCGCCGGGCAGCCUCGGCGCCAAGUGGGAGGUGCUCGGCGUCGGGCAGGACCUGUUUCGUGCCAUCGCCAAGUACGGCCUCGGCCCGCCGACCAAGAUCCAGGGCAAGGCCAUCCCGUGCAUCGUGCGCGGGCAGGACGCCGUCGCCCAGGCGCCGGCCAUCCAGGAGCGCAUCCAGUGCUACGUGAUCCCGGCCAUCCAGAUCCUGUACGCGCACGCCGCCCUCGCCGCCCAGCUCGACGGAGCGUCGCCCUCGUCGCCCUCGUCGUCGGCCACCGGCGUCCAGGUCAUCGUCGUCACGGCCACGGUCGACCAGGCUGCGCAGGCGCAGCGCCUCGCCGUCGGCCUCGGCGGCGCCCUCGGGCUGCGCACAGCCCUGUGCGUCGGCGCGAGCUGCGGCGCCGAGCAGAUGCAGUCCGAGCUGCAGGCGCUCCAGAAGCAGCCGCCGCACAUCCUCGUCGGCACGCCGCACAAGCUCGUCGACCUGUUCUCGCUCCGCACCGGCGGUGGCCUGUCGACGCGCGACGUGCGCCUUCUCGUCGUCGACGAGUGCGACCAGCUCAUCGCCCGCAACCUCGCCGAGCACGUCCUCAACCUCGCGCGCCUCCUGCCCUCGACCGUGUCGGUCCCCGUGUCGGGCUCGGGCUCGGGCUCGAACGGCUCGGCGUCGGUCAACGGCGGCGCGUCGACGUCGCCGCUCAUGAUGCGCUCGCCGCUCCCGGGCGCGUUCGACUCGCCGUUCGCGUCGUCGCCCAUGUCGCGCUUCGGCAGCAACGCCGGCGCAGGCUCGUCGCAGGGCGUGCAGGCGGCCUCGGCGCCGCCGACCAUGGUGACGAUCGAGCGCCAGAUGGCCAUCCUCAGCUGCACGGUCCCGCAGGACGUGCUCGCGUUCGCCGGCAACCUGCAGCUCAAGGAGCCCGUCAAGGUCCUCGUCCGCCGCGACAACAGCGGCGGCGCGGGCGGCGGCGACGGCGGCGGCGGCGGCCAGCAGGGCGGCGGCGGCGGGCCCUCGUCCGGCGGCGGCGGCUCGAUGCGCGGCCUCAAGCAGUUCUACCUGUACCUCGCCGUCGGCGGUCCGGGCCAGCCUGGCUUCAACGGCGGGCCCCGUCGACGAGACGGCACCGGCCUGGGCAACGGCUCGACGAGCCUGGCGGCGACGCGCGAGUGGAAGCUCGAGGCGCUCGCCGACCUGUGCGAGGACCACUCGUUCGAGCACGCCGUCAUCUUUGCGUCGUCGCUCGACGCCGUCGAGGCCAUCACGUACCGCCUCGGGACGCGCGCCGUCGAGGCGUUCGCGCUCCACCAGGACAUGGGCCCGCAGGCCCGCAGCGGCACCGUCGCCAAGUUCCGCUCGACGCAGCCUAACCGCCCGGGCCUCGCCGUCAAGCGCGUCCUCGUCGUGUACGACGCCCUGAGCCGAGGCCUGACCGACGUCGGGCAGGUCCCGCUCGUCAUCAACUUUGACAUGCCUCGCGCCGUCGAGGAGUACGUGCACCGCAUCGCCUGCGCGACCGGGCAAAACAAGGGCGGCAUGGUGCUCAACAUUGUCACGCCGGCCGAGGUCGACAUGCUGCGCAACAUCGAGAGCUUCUUCCGCAUCAAGAUCGUCGAGCUCCCGCACAACUUUGCGACGGCGUCGCAGUAGCGCCGCUCGACUCGACCCACUCGCGGCGCAUCGGACCCGACCAUCUCGACCUCUCGCCCUUCUUCUUCUUCGUCGACCCAGUACCCGUUCAUCCGGUUUACCCUCUCUCUCUCCUCUCGUUCUUCCCCUUGUCAUAGUACCGCUCGCCCGACCCGACCUUGAACCGACCCUCGCACUCGCACCUUGUGACCCCCCGGCUCCUGUCGCCCUCCUCCCUCCGUAACGUCGUCGCCGCUGUAGCAUCCCUCCUCGUAUUUCCGUCCCCUCGCACCUGCACCUCUUCUCCUUCCCUCCUCGUUUGACCUCAGUCUCGGUACACGGCCUCGGCCUUGCCCCUCCCCUCUUGUUCACGUUCACGACCAGCGCCUGCAACGGACGGACUGCCCGCAGCUUCUGUAC